AUGCAGCGGCUGAACCAUAUCGCCGGGUUGCUAGAGGAUCUCAAGUCUGAAGGCGGCUCCACUAGUUCGUCGACUCGCUCACUCAAAGAGUCCUUCAUUGAACUGGCCAUGCAGACUACUAGUCCCCUCGCAGACCCAUUAUCGGGGAAUAACCCACAUGGCAACAUAGGUCUCGACGACCGGGCAAUUGAACAUGAUCCCAAAGUUCUUUAUACGGCCAGCUCCGGGGAGCACAUGCUUCGAUGGCCCAUCUUCAACAAGGUCAUUACCGAAGCCGAGAAGCAUAUCCGUUCCUUUCUUCUUGAUUCGCUCGACAACCAGCCCCAGAUCUUGCAACCACCUCGGCAAGUGGGGUUCGGACACUUUGUCGAUGAGAUUCCCAUGCUCUGCAAAAAGUACUUUACAUUAUGCCACCGGCGAAAUCCGAUAGUCGAUGUUGAGAACCUAGACCGCUAUGCUAAGGAGGUUACUAUCCAGGGUCUUGGAUGGGACGGCCCAUCAUGUCAAGUGAUGCAGAGUGAACUCCCUCUCUGGAGCAGUGGUCUCGAGAGCCUGGGCUACUCAGACCAGUUUCCCAAGCUCACACGCAAGGCGCCUACAUCAUAUGACCAGAUGGAAGACGACGAAGGCCUUGCGGUCAAAUCAGCAUUUGAAUUAGACGACAGCGAGGAAGAAAGAGGCUGGAAAUUCUAUAUUGGAUCCAUCUGCAACCGCCGCACGACAAACGAUCUCCUCGAAGACAUGUGGCGUAACGGGGAGAAAGGCUGGACGAAAGACAUUCCUGAUCUUCUACAAAGAACUGGCGCAGCUGAACAUGUAGUCUCAUCCUGGUACCAGAUCUCCCUCGCCGGGAUUCAAUCCCAGGAAGACAGUCCAAACCUAAGUUCACAGAAAGACAACCCAGACCUGAGAUACCUGUUCCGCGGCCGCUACCACAUGGCACUAGAGAGGAUCUACCGACCAGCGUUCUACCUAGCAAUGCACUACCAUAACAUGCCAACGUUCCUAAAAUCCAACCAUAAAAUGUGGGGCGAUGUGUUCUCCAUCGCGCAAAAAGCAAUCGACAACUGCGCUGAGCUGAUUCCAGGCUACUGGUACCAGUUCCGCCAUGAGUGGAUUUGGAACGUGAUACGGGCCACCUUCGGAUGCGCUUUGCACAUCAUUGGGGCGACGCUGUAUCAACUGGAAGCUGUUCGGACGCCGGGAACGUGGCAGGUUCGGAUCCCGGGUAAUUGGGCUGCGUUGGUAAGGCUUUCCAUUCGUACGCUGAAAUAUUGGUCGGCUGAGUCCAAGUCCAUUGAUGUGGAGGUUAUGCGGUCUACGCUUGAGAGGAUGUAUCAAGGGACUUGUCGACUGGCUAAAGUGAGACCGGAGCUUCAUCUUAUCUGA